AUGAUUAAAUAUGGAUAUAACCUAAGGGUACUGGCCAAUUGUUGCGGGCUGACAGAACCGAAGGGACUGAAUCGAGUCAACCUGACAGGAGAUUCGGUCUGCAAUGAUGGCUCCCCUGCGGGAUACUAUUUGAGACAAUCCCACGGCAGUAGGAGGUGGAUCAUAUUUUUGGAAGGAGGUUGGUACUGCUAUGAUCAGAGGAGCUGCCAUAAUCGAUGGCAUCGGAUGAAUCAUCUAAUGUCAUCUAGGCAGUGGCCGGAAACCAGAAACGUUGGAGGUUUAUUAUCUUCGAAUCCCGAAGAAAAUCCGUAUUGGUGGAAUGCUAACCAUGUGUUUGUUCCAUACUGCUCGAGUGACGUGUGGAGUGGGCGCAGGCGUGCCGACCCGAGCUCAGACUCAAAGUUCAGUUUCAUGGGUGCUGUUAUAGUACAACAGGUCGUCAAGGACCUUCUUACCCGCGGCAUGGAGUCAGGUGUCUCUCUGCUUCUGGCCGGCAGCAGUGCCGGAGGUAUGGGAGUCAUGCUGAACAUGGACUCAGUCAAGGCAGUGUUGCGCUCUCACCCGCACAUUGCUCUGCGCGGGAUAUCCGAUUCUGGCUGGUUCCUGGAUCGGCCACCCUACACGCACGACAGUGAGGGCCUCGCACCUGUGGAUGCGCUCAAACAUGGCAUCCUGUUGUGGGACGGCCAGAUUCCCACCAAAUGCCGUGAGGUCUACAGCUAUGAGCCAUGGCGUUGCUAUUUUGGCUAUCGUCUCUACCAGACACUGUCAACACCACUGUUUGUGUUCCAAUGGCUGUUUGAUGAGGCCCAGAUGACAGCGGACAAUGUGGGCACUCCGGUCACCAAGCAGCAGUGGGACUACAUCCACAAGAUGGGUGACAGCCUCAGGAACACAUUCCAAAACGUUACGUCAGUAUUUGCACCAUCGUGUAUCUCUCACUCUGUGUUGACGAAGCGUGACUGGAGAGUGCUGCGUAUAGAUGACGUCACACUGCCUCAGGCCCUCCGCUGCUGGGAGUUGCAAAUUCAGUUUCCAGGCAUCUCCUUCCGCAAGAAAGACAGUGCAGUGAGUAUGCUUUCCGACUCACCCCUGUAUAACAGCAGGUCAGCCAGGAACCUAACCCGAGCUGCAGGCCCCCAUCAGUGGGCCCCUCAGACCACCCAAAGGAAACGCAGACGCAGGAAAAACAGAAAUAAGAACAGAGGAAAGAAGCGAAAAGAGAGGAGAGGAAACAAGAUGCGUCCUCAGAGAUCAGCUGUGGGUAGGGAGCAGGCGUGCCAACAUCGUCUGAUAGAAAGGUGCUCUUGGCCGCAAUGCAACCAUUCGUGUCCCAAACUGCGGAAUCCGUUCACAGGUGAAGAGAUGGACUUCAUAGAACUACUAAAAUCCUUCGGUCUGGACAUGAUGAGUGUCGCUAAUGCUUUAGGGAUAGACAUCAACACCCUCAACAACAUGGACCCUGAAGAGCUCCUGAACUUGCUGACCCAACAGGCCAGCUGAACCUGCUAACCUUCCAUCAAGUUGCUUGUAGUACAAACCACUGAAUCUCAUUCAGCGCAAAUCUUUUACAGGCUGUUUUUCAUUUAUUUUUGUUGUAUUUUUACCCUGAAGAAAAUAAUGAGCUGCCAACUAAAGUUGAAAAUAUCUCUUCUGGCAAAGUUGGAAAAUAAGCUAGGUAUAUUUUAAUGUGUGGUUGUCAUCUUGGUUUAAAUAUCAAAAUGAAGAUAUGUCAUGUAGGAUAACUUGUACAAUACGGACAGUAUGCUAAAUAUUCCUAAAUAUUCAAUGGUUGGCAAAUAUUAUAAUAAAAAAUUUAGAAACUACAUCAUCAUGAAAUCUCACAUCAUUAUUUUUAAGAGAUCAUUUUCGGUCUAGGCUAUGAAAUAAUUGACAUUUUCUACAUUUUUCCUAAAAUGCAAACAAUUGCUACCUUGAAAUAUUUUAUUGGUUGAGAAUGACUAACAAAUACAUCCAAUCCAUCUGUAUACAUGUAAUAAAAGUAAUAUUUCUAUACAAAUAUUUUAUUUGUAGUCAAAUAAAUUGAAAAAUUUAGUUAUGCUGUGUAAAUUUUGUACAUAAUUAUAGAUUAUUUAUAAUGUAAAUACGCCUCAUAACUUUAAGUAAUACUACUAUACUCAUUACCUACCAUGAGCUCUGGAAAUUAUUUUUAUAUCCUUAUUCGUUAAUAUUUGGUGUCCUAGGUAGAGCUAUAUUAUACCAAAGGAAAGAUAUUAAUUAUUGUUUGUAAGUUUUGUAUCUACACUUGUUUAUUUUUGUGAAUACUAAAAUAUUAAUUUAGUAUAAAUUUGUUAUCAAUUAUUGAAUUCUGUGUUGUAUUGUUUAUAUUUAUUUUAUGACUAAUUAUAGGAUUUAAAUUUAUUAAUAUUUUUGUAAAUAACAGAAUUUAAUUGAUGAAUUAAUGAAAACUUAGUUUCCACAGAUUAGAGUAUAUGUCUACAAAAUUGCAGCUUUUUGUGGAGAUAAAAAUAAACACAUACAAUGGAGUAUAGAAGGGUCCUACAGAACCUAACAGUCUUGCCAACCAAUCCAACAAAGUAAAUUCAUCACUUAUGCUGUCACAUUAUCAUAAGAGAUUGAAGCAGUGGUAAUGCAUUUAUUGCCUUAUUUUAUGAAAUGUCAUAUAAUAGUGUUUAGUUUGUUUAUUAAUUUGUUUAUUAGAAAGUUUUAUUUUUACACUUAAUUGUGAUCUGUUGAACCCAAAAUCAAUAGAGUUCUUCCUCGGACGAAGUGGAAAAUUUGUACUAAGUUUUAAGUCUCUAAGACCUCACUAACAAGUGUUAUUGCAUGGAAGCAUAGACCUACAGAAAACAACAUAUUUUGUAAGAAAACAUGGUUCAUGGUUGGGUCAUUAAAAAUUUGUAAUGAUUUUAAAAUGUUUCAUUACAUUUUUAGUUUUUAAUUUGAUCACAAUAAAUAACUGUUGAAGAGCUUGAUCACAACAAUAUUUACUUAGGCCUUUUUGUUAUCAAUUCUAUAAAAUGAAACACAUUAUUUUAGUUUACAGUACAUUAUUUUUCCACUGGAUGAAUUAAAGACAAUCCAAACCUAAAUACUUUACUGAGGUAAGAACUAGGAUCGGUAAAUGGUAGUUCCUAGGUCUAUCCAUAGGAUUGCGCUGUGAACUGAGUUCCAGUGAGAAUUUUUUAUUUUAUGUCUUCUUUGGCAAGAACAAUUGUCAAGAGUUGUUUUACCAUCAGUGCGUAUAAGCAAUAGAAUAUGGGGUGUGGACGUAUAAAUACAUAAGCAUGUUUCAAUGCCUGUAAUUACUGAACAUGUCUUCUUAAAAGCCACCUGUACUAACGGCCAUCUUGGUUUUGAGCUCCAUGAGAACUAUGUUAUGGUUAAAACAAUUUCAUGGCUUUGUUUUUAUCAUCAGUUUAUUAAAAAUGUCUCAUUUUAAAGAUUUGAUUAGUACACAUUCAAACACUUUAUUUUUUUGAAUAAUUGUUUAUUUAGAAAAAAAGAACUCAAAUGCAUUUGGAUGGUAUAAAUGACAUUCUAAUCUAUUACAGAUUAUCGACUGCUCUGAACAUCUUUGCAUAAAGUGGGUCAAAAGCACCAUCCAUGUUCUACCAGUGGCCACUUAGCUCAAUAUGACUCCUAUCUUAUUUUAUAAGACCAGAUAAGAUAUCUAGAAGCUAUGUUUUACAGGUUGGCUAUCAAAUUAUAAUUAGAUAGCAAAACUGAUGCCAAUUGAAGUGUCAUAAUUCUGGUUAUAUUGAGUUUCUAUAUUUUUUUUCAGGUACUGAUUUAGUUAUGGAGUUUGAUUCAAGUUUGUCUGAAGAUUUUAUUUAAUUAUUAAUUAUUAGAGGGCAGUAGUGAGGCUAGUGGAAGUGAUUGUUGUACAUGUAGUUGUAAUGAUAUUGUCCACACUUUUCAACAUGUCCAUGAUCCAGGACACGCUCUAUUGCUAUCCACUUUAAGCAAGGACGUUGAUGAGAAACAACUUAGUGGCGUAUAACAAAAUAACUUGCACCCCUGGUGCCAACUAUACCAAUUGAUAAAAAAGCAGCUUCAGUAAAUAUAGUAAAAACUAAUUAAGUGAGUCACUUAAUUAGUGAGAUUUUUAUUCUCGAGUAAUUACAAAGAACACAAUAAUAAAUGUAAAUCAAGGUAACAAAGAGAAUUGUAUUUGGUUAAGACAAUAAGCAAGUAUAAAGACAACAGUACACAUCAAGUACAAAAAGUUUUAGAGCGUAAGUUAGAAGUCAGUAUUAAUAUCUAAGGAAACUAAACUAGAGUGUAUGUAUUUAUUUACCAACUUAGUGUUAAGCUACUGGACUGUUAGAGUAUCAGUGAUCACCUACCUCUUUAGCAUAAGUUGUAUACAGUAAUUAUUUAUAUACUACCUAAUAAUAUAUAGAUAUACUUUUGUAGAAAGUACAAAUA